AUGUGGAGUCACAACACAGUGAGACACUCACAGUGCAGUAUAGUAUGCAUUGCAUCCUCCUAGCCGAGGCCCAUCUAUCUCAAUGGUCGGAUAGGUUUGCUCCAUACUGUACUGCAGUAAGAAGAGCAGAAGUAAAAAGAUCUAGCUUACUCUGCAGUGUAGCUAGCUAGGCAUAGAUAAUUAGCUAUGUCUAUGAGCUAGGAAAAGAAAGCAUCUGAAAACCCUACUCCAGCUAUUUGAGUAUAGUAUAGUAUAGUAGUGAGCUGCACCAUGUACCCUAUAAAAAGAAUUGAGAACUGUGGCAUGGCAGAGCCAUGGAGCUGGACUAAACUUGGCCAAGGCCCAAGGGGGUGGAGCUGGUUGAUAUAUUUGACCCCGAGUGGGAAUAGACCCCGCGAUUACGUGGACCAUGACGACACUCUCAGAAAAGGAUGUGUCACCGAGACAAGUUUAGUUGGGCGUGGCCUGAUCUUCUGUUGACAACAAAUCGGGUCACGCCCAACUAGACAAGACUGACCUUUCCAAAAAGGCUUGCAGCAAUGGCUACAUCAAAUGGACUUUACAACCACAGCAGGACUCGAGCACCGCCUAAAGAAUCGUUUGAAGUGUACCCACUCAUUGAAGCAGUAUUCACUUACCUCUCUUAUGGAGUUUUACUUUUGUUUGGGCACAUUUCUGACUUUCUGGUGAAGAUAGGUCUGAAGGAGAACCAUGCUGUCAAAGAUGAUUUUUUCAAGAUGCAUCUUAAUUUUGAAGGCUUCUACAUGAGACAUGUUUAUCGUCGUAUCCGAGACUGCUGGAACAAGCCCAUUGCAAGCACCCCUGGGGCGUAUUUUGAGCUCGUCGAUCGUGAAAGCGAUGACUACAACUGGACCUUCAGAAACACUGGAACAACCACUCGCUGCCUCAACCUCGGCUCAUACAACUAUCUUGGUUUUGCUCAGAGCAGUGGGCCGUGUGCAGAGGCAUCACAGGAGGCCACUCGUCAGUACGGAGCGGGGUCCUGCAGUGCUCGCAAGGAUCUAGGAACACUCUCUAUUCACAAAGAGCUGGAGCAUCUUGUGGCAGAGUUUGUAGGGAAACCAGCUGCUAUGGUGUUUGGCAUGGGCUUUGCAACCAACUCCACCAACAUACCAGCCCUAAUGGGAAAGGGUUGUCUGAUAUUGAGUGAUGAGCUAAACCACACCUCUCUCAUCCUUGGCUGUCGACUCUCAGGUGCAACCAUCAAGACUUUCAAGCACAACAAUGUGGAUGAUCUUGAGAGAGCUCUAAAAGAUGCCAUUUUUAACGGUCAGCUGCGGACACAUCGACGUUGGAAGAAGAUACUCAUCGUUUUAGAAGGAGUGUACAGUAUGGAGGGCUCCUGUCCCAACUUGCCAGCAGUCAUUGCUCUCAAGAAGAAGUAUAAGGCUUACCUCUACCUUGAUGAGGCUCACAGCAUUGGAGCGAUGGGGGAUACAGGAAGGGGCAUGGCUGAGUACUGGGGGGUGGACCCAGCCGAUAUCGAUAUCAUGAUGGGAACAUUCACAAAGAGCUUUGGUGCAUCCGGUGGAUACAUUGCAGCUACUCAUGAGAUAGUCAGCCAUAUAAGAGCUUACUCCCACGCCACCACCUACGCUACUGGUAUGCCUGGUCCAGUGGCUCAGCAAAUCAUCAGCUCCAUGAGCAUCAUUAUGGGCAAGGACGGCACAGACGAGGGUCAAAGGAGAAUCAAGCAGCUUGCCGAGAACAGCAGGUACUUUCGUAAGAGACUUCAUGAGAUGGGCUUCAUCGUGUAUGGCAACGAGGACUCUCCCGUUGUACCAAUCCUUCUCUAUCAGUACACCAAAUUUGCGGUGUUUUCUCGAGAACUGCUCAAGCGUAAGAUUGGGGUCGUGGUAGUUGGUUUCCCCGCCACCUCCCUGGUAGAAGGACGGGCCAGGAUCUGUCUGUCUGCCUCACACACCAAAGACAUGCUGAACUUUGCUCUCAAGGAGAUCAGUGAGGUGGGGGAUAUGCUGGUCUUGAAGAACUCCAGGCUAAAACGUUGAACUUAUCAAACGCUGAUGAACUAUCUAACUAUGUCCUUUCAUUGACUUUUUGAACCUUUUAAUUCGUUCAAGUUUCUACAUGUAUAGCUAUAAUUUUUUUAUUAUAGCCGUAUUAUUAUAUCUUCUUAAAACUCUAUUAUUUGUUCGUAACGUUCUUCUGUAGAAUUUUGCCUGAUCACUCAAGAAGUGAA